AAAAAAGGAAAAAGAAGAGAAAAAAAAUGAAAGAAAUUUCUCUCUAUCGACCUCUCUCCCAUCUCUCAUCUUCCUCUCCCAUAUCCCAUUUUAUUAAUCUCUCUCCCAUAUUUUCUCUUUCCUUCGACUCUCUCUCCUCCAAGAGGUUGACGAAACAAAAGAAACCCAAAAAUUAAUAUUUUUUUUUUUUUUUAAAAAAAACCACACAGGCAAUGAAAAAUAGCAUAAGAUGCUGCAUAUCUUGCAUUCUUCCAUGUGGAGUUCUUGAUGUAAUUCGCAUAGUACACUCCAAUGGCUACGUCGAAGAAAUCAGUGGCUCCAUCAAAGCUUCGGACGUCAUGAAAGCCCAUCCAAAACACGUCCUCAAGAAGCCCUCCUCCCCUUCCUCCGCCGCCCACGAUGCCGCCACCGCCCCGAAGAUCGUCAUCGUCCCACCAGAAGCCGACCUCCAACGCGGUAAGAUUUACUUCCUCAUGCCACUCCCUCCUACUCCUCCCAACCCCGACAAGCCCCGCCGAAGAAAGAAGAGAGAUUCAAAUAACAACAUUAAUCAUCAUUCUCACCGAACAACCGCCGCCGUCUCUGCCGCCGUACCCAACAACAACAACAACAUUUCCAUGACCAACCUCCUCGUUUCCGACCAUUACCUCUCCGAAAUACUCUCCGACAAAGCCUCCACCCACCGCGAACGGCGGCGCGGCCGUGUCGGCGUUUGGAGACCUCACUUACAAAGCAUUUGUGAAUCACCCAGUGAUAUCUAAAAAACCGGCUAUUCAGGUUGUGGGUUUUUUCCUUUUUCUUUUUCUUUUUUUUAAACAUAAAUAUAUUUCAUCAUAAUUAAAUUCCAUUUCUUCAAUAUAUAUAUCAUGAUCAUUCACAAGUAAAUAAUAAUAAUAAUAAAAAAGUCUUUUUUUCUAGAGGGAUCUGAAAUUAAUUAAGAAUUAAUGUGGUAAUUUUAAUUAGUUACUGAUUUAUGCUUAAUUAAUUUUCAGUUUUUUGUGGAGAUUUGUGGUUGUGGUGAAAUUUUGAGUGCUUGUAGAGAGAGAGAGAGAGAGAGAGAGAGAGCCCACUUUCCACUGUUUGAGAAAUAAUAUAAUGUGUGCAUGAACAUAAUUUUGAGUGAUUGUGAUAUGAUGAUAUGAUUGUACAGCUGCAAUAAUCUACUUCCUUUCCCCA